AUGCGCAGAAUACGCAUUAUCCCUGCCAAAGUCGUCUGGGCAAACGAAGGCGAACACUUCUGGCUUAAGCGAGAGCGGCCGGCCAGUGCGGCAGCUAAAUUGGAGCAGAGUUCUGGAGUGAUCUUAAACGAGCAUGGUAUCGAUGCAACGGGAACGUACCACGGCGAUUUCGACUUGCGCUUAGAACUCAUAGGCUACGUUAGCAAAUUAGGUUCUUCGAAUGAUUCUGUGCGGCGCUCUGUCUACCAGCUGGUAGAAAAUACACAGGAAACUUUCUGCACGGACAACGAAACGCUUUAUGACAUUUGUUUCUGUACCUUAAAACUUACAAUUCUAACUUAUGAAGAUCUGAUGAACCUAGUUUCUGCCACAGUAUCUGGGGUGAAAACUUGCUUACGUGUCUCAGCUGAACGCCGACUUACGGAAACUAGCCGUUUGCGUGAUUCCAUUUGCGCGUCUACAUUUUUGACGCGAGGCGAAGCCAAGGAUACAUUUAGAAACACUUACUUUACCAGGACUUACUCAGCAGAUGUUCGAUGCCAAAAAAUGAUGGUGCUUGCGAUCCUCGUCACGGACGACGUCUCGCCGUAG